AUGACAGCGCGCAGCAGCCGCCGGCCUGCCUCGUCGCUGGCGGCGGCGGCGGCGGCGGCGCUGCUGCUGCUGGCGGCGGGCGCCUCGUGCGUGGCGGCGCAGGCGCCUGCCGGCUGCACGCUCACACUCUACCUCAAUGCUAGCGCCUCCUCUCUGUCCAUGGCGGGAUCGUCGGUUGUGCAGCCCAUCCAGCAGCCGCUCAUCCCCAAAUUCCCAGACGCGCUGGUGGGGUUUGAAGGCGCGCUGUCGCUGGUGCUGCCCGGCGGGCCCUGCCCCACCACCGCCGCCGGCGUGGAGCAGCGGCUGGCGGGCGCCAGCCUGCAGACCACGGCCGCCACGCCCCCGCUGCUGCUGUACCCAGCCGAAAGCAUAGAGCUCCAGGGCUCCACCUUUGUCACGCUGGACCUCCGAGGCAACGAGUUCAACGUCAGCAGCGCCCCGCUGGCGGCGGCGCCCGGCGGCGGCGCAGGCGCCUACAGCACCACCCUGGAGGGCGUGAUUGUCAAGGGCUCCGUGCUUUCCACCUCCCUCAUCACCACAGAGCUGCUGCCCAUGGCCGGCAACACCGCCUCCAACGCCUCCUCAGUCACCGCCGCCGCGCAGGGCAACACCCUGACGGUGACGGCGACCGUGGACUGGGCGGUACGCUCCACGUACAACACCACCUUUGGUACCAACGUGAUUGAAGGCAUCUCAGAAUACAUCUUCCGCGGCCUGAUUGUGGCGGAAGCCACGCUGGGCUGCCCCGCCGACUGCGGCCCCAACGGGCGCUGCGCCCAGGCCGACGACGGCGCCCUGGGCUGCGCCUGCCAGUGCGGCUGGAGCGGCGCCAACUGCACCGUACCGUCCGGCUUCUGCUCCAGCUUCCCGGCGGAGCUCACCGGUCAGGCGGUGUGCCCCGUCGCCCCGCCCGCCUCGCCCGCCCCGGCGCCAGACACGCCCUGCCAGCCCUCCAAGGAGUGCACCGCCCAGCAGGCUUACAACUCCUCCACCGGCCGCUGCGACUGCAAGGCCGGGUGGGACGGCCCCAGCUGCGACGCAUGCCAGAGCGACGACGCCUGCGACGCGCUGUUUGAGACGAGCGGCGCCAGCUGCAGCGAGGAGGUGGCAUUCCAGCAGGGCAUGCAAGUCAAGGCCUUCACUUGUGACCUGGAGGCAAGCCCUGGCUCUGCCGCUGGUUUUGCGCUGGGUCUGGACCGUGGCGGCACCGGCCUGGAGCAGACCAUCGUUCCUGGCAGCUUCUACAUGGUGUGCAACACCAGCGCUCUGCCCAACGGGGAGGCCCCCGCCAGCACAGCCGACCAGUUCUGCCAGGUGCACUUUGCGCUGUCGGGCAAGGCGGACAACCCCAUCACCUGCACCGCCACCGAGUGCGGCUUCAAGGCCAACUCCUCCCGCACAGACUGCGCCACCACCACCUGCGCCUGCGAGACAGAGUGCCCAGAUGUGGAGGGCAUUCUGAACCGCAUCAAGGGCCAGCCCUGCUCCAUAGACUGCACCCCCGAGGGUCUCUGCACCUUUGACAUCCAAGACUUCUUCGUGACGCUGGUCGCCCCCUGCCAGACCGCCGCCUGCGUGGUGCCCGGCUACACCUUUGUGCAGGGCGAGUACACGAUCACUCAGUCGCAGAGCUAUGACGGCGUGAUUGCGGCCAUACCGCUGAUGGUACUGGCAGGGCUGGCCGGCUUCCUGGGCUUCUACCUGCUCAGGCACCACGCGCUGUUCAGGAGCGGGGCCAAGGCGGCUGCGGCGGCUGCGGCCGGAGGCGCCGCCGGCGAGGCGGCGGCGGUGCGGCGGCGGCCCGCCGAGCCCGUGCAGCUGCUGACCUUUGACAGCCUGUCCUGUACGGUACCUGUCCGGCAGGGCCGCCCCUGGUACUCCGCCGCCGGCCGCCUGCUGUGCUGCGGGCGGCGCAAGCCAGCGCCGGCACCCGCGGCGGCGGAGGGCGCGGCGGGCGCUACCGCUGACGUGGCUGCUGACGUGGCGGCUUCCUGGGACCCGCCGGGCCGCAAGCAGAUCCUCAAGGGGGUCAGCGGGGUGGCUGCCUGCGGGGAGCUUGUGGGCGUGAUGGGACCCUCUGGCUCUGGCAAGACCACCCUCCUUGCGAUGCUGGCCGGGUCGUCAGAAGACCUCGAUCGGCGCAGCACCUUGGGCGGCGCGGUGCUUCUGGACGGCCACCCCAUGCACUCGGCCGCGCGGCGCAAGAUUGCGUAUGUGGCUCAGGACGACACGCUCCUGCCCACGCUGACCGUCGAGGAGCUGCACGAUGCGACCUCCUCCCAGGUGCAGGCCGCCGUGCGGUCGGUUCUGUCGGAGCUGGGCCUGUCCCACGUCGCCCGCACCCGCGUGGGCGGAUCCAGCGGCAUCCGCGGCGUCAGCGGCGGCGAGCGGCGCAGGGUCACCAUCGCCAUGGAGCUGGUCACCGAGCCCGCGGUACUGGUACUGGAUGAACCCACCAGCGGCCUGGACAGCUUCACCGCCAUCAACCUCAUGCGUACCCUCAAGCAGGUGGCUGGCGACGGCCGAAUUGUGCUGCUCUCCUACCACCAGCCCUCCCCCGCCAUGUUCACGCUUCUGGACAGAGCUUACCUCAUGGCGCAGGGUCACUGCCUGUUCUCGGGGCCGCCCUCGGCCGCCGAGGGCUGGUUUGCCAGCAUGGGCCUGCCGUGCCCUGUGGACACAGCCAUAGCAGAGCACAUGCUGGAUGCGGUCAGCACCCCCGCCAGCCUGCAGCAGCUGCUGGCGGCGCGCGGCAAGGGCCAGGCUCCCGAUGACGAUUCCGCGGCGGCGGCGGCGGCCGACGGCUUGCUGCCCGUGCCGCUGGCUGGCAGGUAUGCCGACAACGGCGGCCUGGGCGGCAGCGGCAGCACCGCCAAGCUGGGCAGCGGCAGCGAGGACGGCGGCGAGACAGGCGAGGCCGGCGGCGCCUCCCCGGCGCCCAGCGUGGCCGCCAGCAGCAGCCGGGGGGCGGCGGAGCAGGGCCAGCCGCGGCGGCCGCGGCGGCAGCGGCGCAGCCUGAGCCGGGAGCUGGCGGUGGUGUUCUGGCGCACGCUGGUGGACAUCCUGCGAAACCCCUCCCUGCUGCUGCUGCACUGGAUGCUGGCGCUGCUGAUGGGCGUGUUUGUGGGGGCCGUGUUCUUCGACGUCACCUUUGAUGUGUCUGGCGCACAGAACCGCGUAGGCGGCAUGUUCUUCGUGCUUUCUUUCUUCGCCUUCACCUCCCUCACCACUGUGGACCUGUUCAUGAUGGAGCGCAAGAUGGUGAUGCGGGAGGUCAGAGGCGGCUACUACAGCCCCGCCACCUACCUGCUGGCCAAGAUGGUGCUGGACGCGCUGCUGCUGAGGGUCAUACCCGUCUUCAUAUUCUCGGCGCCCUUCUACCCCAUGAUGGGCCUGCAGACGGGGUCUGCCACCAUCGCCACCUUCCUCAUGGUGCUCGCCUCCUUUGCCGGUGCCGUGGGCGCGCUGUCGCUGGCGGUGACCGUGGGCAGCAGCACCGCGGGCGUGGCCAGCCUGGUGAUGAACAUCGUGCUGCUGCUGUCGGUGGUGGUGUCGGGCAUGCUGGUCAACCCCGAGAGCAUGCCCGCCUGGAUUGGGUGGACCCACUGGCUCUCCAUCUUCUUCUACGCCUACUCCGCCCUCAUGAUCAACGAGAUGACGGGAAUCAAGAUCGACUUUGCGCUCGAGGGCUACGCCGCCGCCAGCAAUGUGCGGGGCACAGUGUUCCUGGAGACGAUCGGCAUCAACGCCUCGGACCUCACCCGCGACAUUGUCAUCUUGGACUGCUUCUACCUGGCCCUGGCGCUGCUGGCCUUCCUCAACCUGUACCGAGUGAUGCCCCGAGCCAAGCGGUUCCGGCGCCCCGCGCCCAGCAGCCACGCCGGCAGCCACGCCGGCAAGCAGCGGGAGGCGUCGGCCAUGGAGCUGGCGGCAGCUGGGUGA